AUGAUGAAGCAGAGCUCAUCGGAGGCAGUGUCGUCGUCAUCAUCAGCCGCCGACCUAUCCCAUCCGUCCGUUUCUUCAUCUUCCUCGUCGGAGAAGCCUCUCUCCUCGUCAUCGAUUUCCCCGGCGGAAGACCUUCAGGUCGGAUCGUCUAGAGACGGGAGCGGAGGUGCGCAGGAGAUCGUAGCCGUCGAUCGUCCGGGAGAUUACACAGCCAUGUGCCGAUGGACGGUGGAGAACUUCACACGUGUCAAAGCCAAGGCACUGUGGAGCAAGUACUUCGAUGUAGGAGGCUACGAUUGCCGUCUCUUGGUUUACCCUAGAGGUGACUCUCAGGCUCUUCCUGGUUACAUCAGCAUCUACCUUCAGAUCAUGGACCCUCGUGGCACGAAUUCGUCUCGUUGGGAUUGUUUCGCUAGCUACCGUCUCUCAAUCGUCAACCAUGUAGACGAUUCCCUUACAGUCCACAAGGAUUCUUGGCAUAGGUUCUCUAGUAAGAAGAAAUCACACGGGUGGUGCGAUUUUACACUUAGCUCGAGUGUUUUGGAUCCAAAGAUGGGUUUUUUGUUCAACAAUGAUUCCUUGCUUAUUACUGCUGAUAUCUUGAUUCUCAAUGAGUCUGUUAGCUUUAGCCGUGAUUGUAACAAUGACUCGCAGUCUUUGUACAAAGAAAACUCCAUCGCUGGACCAAUGCCGGAUGUGUUGAGUGGGAAGUUCACUUGGAAAGUAAAUAACUUUAGCUUGUUUAAGGAAAUGAUUAAGACGCAGAAGAUUAUGAGCCCUGUUUUCCCUGCUGGGGAGUGUAAUUUGAGGAUUAGUGUGUACCAGAGCGUGGUUAACUCGCAUGAAUACAUAUCUAUGUGUUUGGAGAGUAAAGAGACAGAGAAGACUGCGGUUUCCGACAGGAGCUGCUGGUGUUUGUUUAGGAUGUCGGCUUUGAAUCAGAAGCCUGGUUGCACUCACAUGCAUAGAGAUUCGUAUGGGAGGUUUGCUGCUGAUAAUAAGAGCGGUGAUAACACGAGCUUGGGCUGGAACGAUUACAUGAAGAUGUCUGACUUUGUGAACCCGGAAGCAGGUUUUUUACUUGAUGACACGGCUGUCUUUAGCACGUCGUUUCAUGUUAUCAAAGAGUUCAGUAGCUUUACUAAGAAUGGAGGGUUGAUUGGGGGAAGGAAUGGGAGUGGAGCUAGGAAAUCAGAUGCACACAUGGGAAAAUUCACUUGGAGGAUUGAAAAUUUCACAAGGUUAAAAGAUCUUCUGAAGAAGAGGAAGAUAACAGGUCUUUGCAUCAAAAGUAAAAGGUUUCAAAUUGGGAACAGGGAUUGUCGACUUAUUGUUUAUCCCCGAGGGCAGUCCCAGCCACCAUGCCAUCUUUCAGUAUUUCUUGAAGUGACAGAUUCACGAAGCUCUAGUGAUUGGAGCUGUUUUGUUAGCCACCGACUAUCAGUUGUGAACCAGAGAUUGGAGGAGAAGUCGGUGACAAAGGAAUCUCAGAAUCGGUACUCGAAAGCUGCAAAGGAUUGGGGUUGGCGUGAAUUUGUAACACUUACUAGUUUGUUUGAUCAGGACUCUGGUUUUCUUGUUCAAGACACUGUUGUAUUCUCCGCUGAGGUUCUUAUUUUGAAAGAGACAUCUAUAACGAAAGACUACCUGGAGGCGGAAUCAGCUAAUUCAGCUUCACAGAUUGAUAACAGCGUGAAAAGAAGUUCAUUUACAUGGAAAGUGGAGAAUUUCCUGGCCUUCAAGGAAAUAAUGGAAACACGAAAGAUUUUUAGCAAAUUCUUUCAGGCUGGUGGAUGUGAACUCCGGAUUGGUGUAUACGAGUCCUUUGACACCAUAUGCAUAUAUUUAGAGAGUGAUCAAUCUGCGGGUUCAGAUUUGGACAACAAUUUCUGGGUGAAGUACAAGAUGGGUAUCCUGAACCAAAAGAAUACAGCCAAAAGUGUGUGGAAGGAGUCAUCUAUAUGUACCAAGACAUGGAAUAAUUCCGUCCUACAGUUUAUGAAGGUGUCUGACAUGUUGGAGGCAGAUGCUGGGUUUCUUGUGCGUGACACUGUUGUUUUUGUGUGUGAAAUAUUGGAUUGUUGUCCUUGGUUUGAGUUCUCAGACUUAGAGGUCUUAGCCUCAGAUGAUGACCAAGAUGCCUUAACAACUGAUCCUGAUGAAAUUAUUGAUUCUGACGAAAGUGAGGGGAUAAGCGGAGACGAGGAAGACACAUUCCGAGAUUUUCUUUCGCAAGCUGGAUUCCAUCUCACAUUUGGGGAGAAUCAUUCACAACCACAAGUUACUCUUCGAGAGAAGCUUCUUAUGGAUGCGGGUGCAAUUGCUGGAUUUCUUACUGGAUUGCGUGUUUAUCUUGACGAUCCUACUAAAGUAAAGCGUUUACUUCUUCCGACUAAAAUAUCUUGUAAUGAUAGAAGCAAGCUAACAAAGAAUGAUGAAUCUUCACCCAGCCUGAUGAAUUUGCUGAUGGGUGUUAAAGUUCUACAGCAGGCAAUUAUUGAUUUACUUCUAGAUAUAAUGGUUGAGUGUUGCCAACCUUCGGAGGAAGGCUCUCAUUCUGAGCCUUCUUUAUUGGACCCAAAGACGGAUGGCUGCGUGGCUGCAACUUCAUUGGAGUCAACUAGGGAAAAUGGAGCAGCAGAACCUUCACAACAUCUUGUUGACGAGAGAUUUAAAUCUGAUACUGAUGCUACUACUCUCAGUACCUCAGCUGUACAAAGCUCUGAGGUGAAUGGGAUCGAUAUGCUUGACAAAGCCCUUGCAAUAGAGCCUAUUUCUCCUCCUGAAACAUAUGCUGGGCAGUCUUCUGAUGCUUCAGUCCAAUCAAAGACAAAAUGGCCAGAACAGUCUGAGGAGCUAUUGGGACUGAUUGUUAACUCACUUAAAACCCUUGAUUCGGCUGUUCCACAAGGUUGUCCAGAGCCUAGACGACGACCACACUCUGCUCAAAAGAUUGCUCUUGUUUUAGACAGAGCGCCCAAACAUUUGCAACCAGAUUUAGUUAGUCUGGUUCCCAAAUUGGUUGAGCAUUCGGAGCACCCACUGGCUGCUUAUGCACUUAUGGAACGGCUUCAAAAGCCUGAAGCUGAACCAGCAUUGCGUGAACCAGUGUACAAUGCUCUUAGCCAGUUGGAAUGUGACAGGGAAGUGUGGGAGCACAUUCUUCUUCAGUCAUUUGAGCUUCUGAGUGACUCAAAUGAGGAGAAUCUUGUGGCGGCCAUUCAUUUCAUAUUUAAAACUGCCUCCCAUGGUCAACACCUACCUGAAGCUGUAAGGUCAGUCCGUGAGCGGCUUAAAAGUCUGGGUGCUGAUGUGCCUGUUUGUGUCCUUGAAUAUUUGAGUAAAACUGUACACAGUUGGGCUAAUAUUGCCGAAAUGAUACUCAGGGACAUCAAUUGUGAUGACAGUCUAGGUGGCAAUUUUGCGACAUUACCCUGCGGGCCUUUUCUGAUUGUUGAAAAUGAGAGUGCCUCCGAAAUGGCGGAUUUGAGGGAUGAGCAUGAAUUCUAUGCAAAUAGACAAUUUUUUGAUGUCUACAUUCUGCUGGAAAUGUUGUCCAUACCCUGCCUUGCUGUGGAGGCAUCUCUAACAUUUGAAAAAGCUGUUGCUCGUGGAGCCAUUGUCGCUCAGUCUGUAGCCAUGGUCCUUGAAAAAAGACGUAUUCAGGGCACAAAUCUGAGUGCUACUAGUGGGGACGCUUCUUUUAGAAAUCAAGAUCCUGUAUUGGAGGGAGAAGCCAGUGAGCAACCAGCCGCUGAAGGAAUUGAGUUCAAGACAAUCCUUAAUCUUGCCGAGACAUUAGCUCAUUCUAGAGAUCCUCACGUGAGGGCAUUCAUGAAAAUGCUAUACACAAUACUAUUCAAAUGGUUUCCAGAUCAGCCCUUUAGGGUUCAAAUACUGAAGAGACUUGUAGAUAAAUUCAUCACCCCUACGAGUAGCAGCCAGGAUUUAGACUUAGAGUUGGACAUUCUUGCCAAUCUGAUUUUUCAAGAGCAAGAGGUUGCAAGACAGGUUUUAGCAAUGCUGAAAAAGGUUGUGGAACGUGCAAAUAUUGACAAGGCCGCUCUGUGGCACCAACUGCGCGCAAACAAGGAAGAGCUUGUCCGGGUCAAAGAAGAAAAGAAGACAGAGAUUCAAGCUAUGACAAAGGAGAAAUCUGGCAUCACACAAAAGUUAAGUGAAUCUGAGGCUGCAAACACCCGUCUCAAGUCUGAAAUGAAAGCUGAGAUGGACCGCUUUGCUCGGGAAAAGAAAGAUCUGGUUGAACAGUUUCGGGACGUGGAGAGUCAGCUGGAGUGGAUCCGAUCAGAACGUCAAGAUGAGAUAGCUAAGCUCUCAUCUGAGAAGAAAACUCUUCUGGAUCGCCUUCACGAGGCAGAGACUCAACUUGCUUUGCUGAAAACCCGAAAGCGUGAUGAACUUAAGAAGGUAGGGAAAGAGAAAACUGCACUAAACGAGAAGCUAAAGGUUACAGAGGCAGCCCGGAAAAGAUUUGAAGACGAGCUGAAACGGUAUGCCACAGAGAAUGUAACUCGGGAAGAAGUCCGCAAGUCACUUGAGGAUGAAAUCAGGCGACUGACACAAACAGUAGGGCAAACAAAAGAAGAGAAACGAGAGAAAGAAGAUCAGGUUGCUCGGUGUGAAGCUUAUAUUGAUGGAAUGGAAUCUAAACUCCAAGCUUGCCAGCAAUACAUCCACACGUUAGAAUCCUCACUCCGAGAAGAGAUUUCAAGACAUGCGCCUCUGUAUGGUGCUAAUUUAGAGUCUCUAUCGAUGAAGGAACUGGACACAAUAGCUCGGAUCCAUGAGGAAGGUCUAAGACAGAUACAUGCACUUCAACAACGUAAGGGGAAUGGUUUACCACAUGGUCUCCCUCACGGUCACACACUUUACCCAACUACACCACCUCAGCUUCCUCCAAUGCCGAUCGGUUUGCCUCCUCAGAUUCUUCCUAAUGGUUCAGGGGUUCACUCAAACGGACAUGUCAACGGUUCAAUCAGGCCUUGGUUUAGCCACCACACCUGAAAACAAUACAACUUUUUUUUCAUAGGAAGACUACAACAACAGAAUGUCCUCUUUGAGUUUGUUUUUAAGAGGUAAAUCAAUCGAUCAACACCAUCAGUGUUUUAAUUUUCCAUAUAUAUUUAUUUUGGUCUGAGAUUUUCGGGGAGCUUUUUUCGGCUGCUAGAACCAUUGGGGGUGGGAUCAAAGUAGAAGAUAAAAAAAAAGAAAAGAGGGAUACAGAUGCACAAAUUUGUUUGUGAAAGAAAAAUAUUGUAAAAGCUGUUAUGCCAAUGGAACUAACAGUUGCAAGAAUGAUUUAUGCUUC